CUUUGCUUCCCCUGCGUGAGUUGGUAACGUGAGACAAGUACGCUUUACUCCAAGUUAAUAUUAAAUCUUCAUAAAGACGGCACAGAUAUUCUGGUUUGGCUUUUUAUGUGUAAGGAAGGGGAUGGAGGACGGUGAAAGGUAUUCUAAAAAGAAAAAUUCAGCACAGAAAAGCGUUGAUGAGUCAGUCACUAAGAACUCAAAGUGAAUCUAAGUGAAUAAGGCAGCAUCCCAGGUAAGAAGGUACUUAAAAGUUGGCGGUAGGAAAUGAAAACUUCACAGGUCAGCCGCAAGCCAUUGUGCUCGGUAGCAGCCCUGGAAAGAAGCUUGGCUGUCAAGGAGUAAGGGUUAUCAACUCCGGGGGAGGGGGGCAGACAUGCCAAAUCGGUAAAGGGGGGUGAUCCGGGUAAAGGUGGUAAAAUGCCCGUCCCAAUCCCUCUCCUCCGGUUCUCCAUCUCAAGAGGCACAAACAAGAGUAAGCUCAAUGCCCAACAGCCCCUCGCCGGACUCUCUCCCACAGAGAGGAACUCGGCCCCAAGCCCCGGAGACCCGCGCAGGCCGCCUCCGGAGAAGCCCCCGCAGACGCCAUACUAAAAGCCAAAAUGGCUGCCCCAAGGAAGCCCGCACCGCGCAGCUAGUGAGGGCUGGGUAACAAGCUUCUGCGGGAAGGGGGGAGGGGGGCUAGAGAAAGAGCCGUCGCCAGGACCAUCGCUCCCCGAGCCGCACAGAACACUGGCUCUAUGCACGCAGGCUUCAGUAGCUGUUGGACAUGGGCUCACUAGUUGUGGCUCACGGGUUCUAGGACGCAGGUUCAGUAGUUGUGGCACAUGGCUUAGUUGCUCCAUGGCAUGUGGGAAUUUCCCAGACCAGGAUCAAACCUUUGUCUCCUGCAUUGGCAGGUGGAUUCUUAACCACUGCGCCACCAGGUUCUGGUUACAGCUAUCCCUCGCCAUAACUUUUGAACUAUAUUUGGAAAAAUACUGGCCAGAAAAAAAAAUGAUAAAAUUUUUCCUCAUGGUGAAUAAACAAGGGCAGACCCGACUUUCUAAGUACUAUGAACAUGUGGAGAUUAAUAAGCGUACGCUCCUGGAAACAGAAGUCAUAAAGAGCUGUCUCUCUCGAUCCAAUGAACAAUGCUCUUUCAUUGAAUAUAAGGAUUUUAAACUGAUAUAUCGGCAGUAUGCAGCUCUCUUCAUUGUGGUCGGAGUUAAUGACACUGAGAAUGAGAUGGCAAUUUAUGAAUUCAUCCAUAACUUCGUGGAAGUUUUAGACGACUACUUCAGCCGAGUGAGUGAAUUAGAUAUAAUGUUUAAUUUGGAUAAAGUACACAUCAUUUUGGAUGAGAUGGUGUUAAAUGGCUGCAUUGUGGAAACGAAUAGGGCAAGAAUUCUUGCCCCUCUACUAAUUCUUGAUAAGAUGUCAGACAGCUGAAAAUAGAAGGCUCUGCCAGACAACAUCGACUUAUAGGAAAUGAGGACACCAUGGAAUACCUCUCAACAUCACUAGCCCAAAAGAAUCUGGAAGACCAAACACUGCAAAAUGGGCUGUGCUUCCAAAGACAUUUUAAAUAGUUGUUUUCCACAGUUCCUAAAUGGAAAACAAAACUGUAUUUUAAAACAUGAUGCACAAAGAAAAAUUUUCUCUAAAUGGAGAGACAAGUUUUAUUUUCUGACCAUAAGCAUUUUUUUCUCUUGUUUAGAUUUUGUGGAGUACUGAGGGAAACUCUUUUGGUCUCUGCUUCCCUUUGCAAAGGGAUAAAUUCAGGAACAGCAUCAUGGGGUGGGAAGAAAAUGUGGCACCUCUCUUUUGGCCAAUAAACUUUUAAAAUUGACUUGAACAUGCAUAGCACUUUGAAUAAUACUGUUUUCUGAAUGCUAUCUUU